AAAGGAACAGCCAGACUCUGCUUCUAAGGUGAGGUUGUGAAAGUCAGUUUCAUAUCACAGGACAUACACAUUGGCAUGACUAAACAACGCAAGACGAUUCGAGGCCAGCAGGAAGACUAAGAAGAAGGAAGGAGGUGCAAAACGUGCUCAAAGGGCUUCUUCCAAUGUGUUCUCCAUGUUCGAGCAGACUCAGAUCCAGGAAUUUAAAGAGGCUUUCACGCUUAUUGAUCAAAAUAGAGACGGUUUCAUAGACCAGGAGGACCUUAAAGACAUAUAUGCAUCUUUAGGUAAAUUGAAUGUCAAAGACAAUGAACUGGAAGACAUGCUUAAAGAAGCCAGUGGUCCAAUCAAUUUCACAAUGUUUCUUACUCUUUUUGGAGAAAAACUGCAUGGUACUGACCCUGAGGACACCAUACUUAAUGCUUUUAAGAUGUUUGAUCCUGAAUCAAAGGGAUACAUACACACAGCUGAAUUACAACACAUGCUUAUGACACAAGCAGACAAGUUUAGUGCAGAGGAGGUCCGUCAGAUGUUCCAGUCUUCUAACAUCGACACAGCAGGAAACCUGGAUUACAAAUCACUCUGUUACAUCAUUACACACGGAGAGCAGCAGGAAGAGUGAAGAAACUACAUCCAUGUGUUAUUCCUGCUGCUGUUUACUUUGUAUACCAUCUGCUAAUAAAAAAAACACCAUUGCAUUUAUCAGUUAUUAAAUAAAAUGUUUUUACUGAACUAAA